UUCUUGAAGGUAGCCUUCCUUUGCCCAGGGGUUCAUGGCUGGGUUAGGCCCCUUUGUGGUUUUUCCUCAGGGAUGCCCACACAGAGUACAUGUCCACUCUCAUUGAGCCUUGGGGCUUAUAGAUUCCAGAUGUUUCAAUAUUUCAGCUGACCUUUGGUCUGGAGUUUUACGCCCUGGGAAAAUGCAGGGCCCUGGAGGGGCAUUUAUGAUAUUCUCGGUCACUUAUGCAUCAGUGAAAACUAAGUUUUAGGUUCCGUUCAAAGAGUGACUUUCUAGGAGCUGAGCCCGCAGCAGGUGGGUCUAAGGGUGGGAUGACAGCAGAGGCCACAACUUCCGGGGAGUUUUGGCCGCUGGGCUUUGCAGACUAGCGGGGCUGUCUUUGUUCAGGCACAGGAGUUUCCACUUAGCCAAAGGGAGAUGGAGCUCCCACACCUCCUUCCCUUUCCUGGCUCUCAGUGUGAAAUGGGUGGCCCAGGUACCUUGGUGGGUUGGGAAGCCAUGACCACCUGUACCUCCUGUGUGAGGUGGGCUCAGCCUUUGGGGGAGCAGAGGAUGUCUGGCCAGCCUUCAGGGUGGAGGAAGGUUGGGUUGGGGCCGGCUUCUCCUUAGUCCUUCAUCUGCUCUGUCCCUCUCAGCCCAGCUCCAGAGGCUGUCUUUGCUCAGUGUGCGUCCCAGCUUGCCAGAGGCUAGGUCAGGAGCCUGGAAACACUGGCUGUGCUCAGGCCUGCCCCUCCCCCACCCCGGCACACCUUUGAUUAGGAGGUGAUUGGCUGCACUCCUGCUGAGUUCAGGCCUUCUGCAGAGGGUAAAAUCUGUCGAGGAGGCAGUUUUCUGUGUGAUCUCUUCAGGAAGUCACUGCUGUCAUUGUGCUUAGCAGCAGGGGUGGGGGUGAUGGGGGUAGGAGAAGCUGGGGCCCGGGCAGUGUCUCUGCACCCUGACUUGCACUCAAGGUGGGGGGGGGGGGCCCUGCCGUGCUCGGCUGAGGCCCUGUCUCCUGGGGCAGUGUGAUGCCGGUGUUGUAGGAAAGAGCUCCUGAGGGCCGUCUGACCUACAGUGCAGGUCUUCCCUGCCCUUCAUCUGGAAGAAUCCGGUGGCUAGAGCCUUGGGACCUUGCCUCGGCUGUGGGGAGGGGUCUCUGACCUCCCCUCCCUGCUGUGUGGGUUCAGCCUCACCUCCUGAUCCAAGGCUGGGUGAGGUGGGGUCUCCACCCUGGUGAGGACAUACGUGUGCCUUCGCCUGGCCACACUUCAGCAACUGGUGAGAAGAGCGCCUGCUCGCUGUGCCCCCGGGUUAUGACGACCCCCAAUAAAGGAAACAAGGCCUUGAAGGUGAAGCGGGAGCCAGGUGAGAAUGGCACCAGCCUGACCGAUGAGGAGCUGGUGACCAUGUCGGUGCGGGAGCUGAACCAGCACCUGCGGGGCCUGUCCAAGGAGGAGAUUGUCCAGCUGAAGCAGCGCCGGCGCACGCUCAAGAACCGCGGCUACGCUGCCAGCUGCCGUGUGAAGCGGGUGACGCAAAAGGAGGAGCUGGAGAAGCAAAAGGCGGAGCUGCAGCAGGAGGUGGAGAAGCUGGCCUCGGAGAAUGCCAGCAUGAAGCUGGAGCUCGACGCGCUGCGCUCCAAGUAUGAGGCGCUGCAGACCUUCGCCCGGACGGUGGCUCGCAGCCCCGUGGCGCCGGCCCGGGGCCCCCUUGCCGCCGGCCUGGGGCCCCUCGUCCCAGGCAAGGUGGCCGCCACCAGCGUCAUCACAAUAGUAAAGUCCAAGACGGAUGCCCGGUCGUAGGGACGCGCAUCUGCCCAGGCGGGUCUUUGCGGGGCCACUAGGCACAUGGUGAAUCCGGCUGCCCUGUCCCUGUUUCCUUCUCUUUCCUCCCUCUCUUCCCCACCCUUCUCUCUUCCCUGCAAAGCACAACCUGUGCCCCAGGGGCACCAGGCUGAGCCCCUUUGAUCUCGUCGUUGUCGUCGUGUGUUUCGUAUGUUGGGAUUGGUCAGUUCGGCGGUGACGUGGGGUCGCCCCAACCCCUUUUGCACCAAGGCCGUGCAGGCUUGGAGCCCAGAGUUGGUGCGGUGGGAAUGGACUUGAGAGAGGUGCAGGGGGAGAGAAGGAGCAGGCAGGCUGUGCGUCGCGUGCCCUGAGCAGCGAGAGUUCCCGUGUGCUCUCCCGGGCUGGGAAGGAUUCACUCUCUUUGGCCCCAGGAGGGCAGCUCAGCUCAGCCCAGCAUGAAGAGACGGGCUGUGCUCUGAGAGCAGGGCAUGGCCUUGAGGGCCCUGAUGGGUGGACCGCCAGCCUGGGCACAGUGGUGCUGGGGCCUGCAGCUGGGGCCAGGGCCUGCGCGCUCAAGCCUGACCCGUUGCACUGAACAAGACCAAAUCGCUGGUUGUGCGCUUACGUGAGGGUGAGUCCAGUGUUCCCUGCGAUGGGCCCGUGUCACUGUUUACAUGACCUGUUUGUGUGAUUAUAUAGCCCUUUAUUUAAAAGAGAGAAGUUCCUUUUACAAAGUUAUUAAUUAUAUGUUUAAAAGUUAAAGAAAAAAGCUGCAGAGUAUUUAUAAAACUGUCUUUUAGAAAAAAAAAAAAAAAAAACAAGCAAGAAGACCAUUUGACCCUAUCAAUGGAAAAAAAAGAAAGUAUAAUAGAAACUUUGCUAGUUAAAAAAGAAAAAAAACAAAAAACAAAAAAAAAAUCCCUUUCUUGUAAACUUAUGGACAACUCUUUGUGGCUGUUGGAGUUUAGUUUUUAUAUACACAGAGUUAUCAGACAUUAUUUAUAAAACUUAGUUUAAAAAAAGACAAAAAAAAAAAAGCCAAGCGGCGAACCGACCCGAAGGCCGUCCUCUUUGAUAUCUUUUGCAAUUGUACCGAAAGUGACUUACUCCUCUGCCCUCCUGCUUCCGUCUCUUGCCGGUGCCGUGCUGGUGUCCGUGCCUGGUGAGGUUUUGUGCAGCGGUAAAGUGCUGGUGCUUCUGGUGACCUUUGACCUGUGGGUGUCACUUCUUGUGUCUGUUUUCCCGUGUGUGUUUUUUUGGGUUUCGUUGUGCUUUUGCUUCUGCUGGCUUGCUGGACCUGGGCUGGGGUGCCAGGGGGUGCCUGCUUCGUCACAGCUCAAGGAGUCUGUGCCCACCACCGGCCCCUGGUCCCUAGGAGGUGAGAUGUGGGGCUCUGUCACGCUCACCCCAUUGAACCUUGGCUACAUCUAUGUCUAGGGCUGGGGCUGAUCCUGUGGCGCGGUAGGUGACAUUGGGGGUCCCUUGGGGCCCCCCACGCUGCUUCCACACCCACCACCUCUGGCCUUGGGUGGUGGCAUUGCAGGGACCAAGGAGUCACUGUGGGUGGCCACAGGACUGUGGCCACUCGUUCCCUGGCUGUCUUCCUCUGGCCUCUUCACGUGGGGCCUCAGCUGGGAACCCCAGGGGUCCGCACCGUGGGCUGCAGGUUCCACCGCCCACUUGACCCCUGAACUGUUUCCAUGCUGCGGGGUGCUUCCAGGCAGAGUGGUGGGGGGUCUCCACCAGUGCAGACAAGGGCUACGAUCUCCAGGGCCGGGUCUUAUCCCUCUUCUCCACUGGUCCAUCCUGGCAGCUCUUGGCUUCAGGCCUUCCUUCUGCCUCCCUUUGGGAUCUGUCUUCCAGGGAUCAGUUGCUUGGCUUCACUGGGGGUGCCUCCCUCUGGGGGCCCAGCCUGCCUCUUGCUCCCAGUUCCUCGCCAGAGGCUGCUGCCCUUCCCGGCUGGGCUCAGGAGGCUCCUGGUAGGCAUAUGAUGGGGAGGGGUGCCCCCACCCACCCCCAAGAGGCUGCAGCCCUGUGUCUGGCCGUGUGAACCUUGACCUUUCACCAGGGUUGCUGGUUUCUUCUCUGUGGGGCCCAGUCCCCUGUAAAGCACAGAAAUGUGGGCUGGUGAAAAACUGUGGCCGACAGGGCUUAACCCUGUGGGUGGUGGGAUUUUCAUCCAAGAGUUUGGCCUGGUGUGCCCGUGAGAUGUGAACAGGGAUGUACCAUCAACAUUUGUCUUAAUGAGCUUCUCUUUGCUCUAGGUGUUCAGAGACAACUCUUGUUUCUACCUGGGCCAGCCUGAAAAUGGAAAUGUCGACUCUAGUCCUUUAGUGACUUCAUCCUCCUCCCCUCAGUCUAGUUUUGUCUAACUAGAAUCCAGGCAUUAGUUGGAAUCAUAUCAUAAGUAUCUAUGAAGCAAACGUCAUGAUCUGCCUUGGAGCAGGGAGGAGCAGGCAGGCCCCCCUUGUCCUUGUGUGGCCCCCACUUUUGUCCUGGCUGGGGUGGCCAUCCAUUUUGAGCCCCUCUGCCAGGCUGCAGACCUGGAGGCGGAGGGAGUGGGGAAGAGGAGGGUGUGAGGGUGGGCACGGGCUGAAGGGAAGGGUGGUCCUUGAUGUGUUGGCAGAAGAGGCUUCUGGAGUGUCGAGGCCAUACCUCCUUUCAAGAGCUUUGGAUCUGGAGCAACUUCCCUAGAUCCAGGGGAGUGUUCUGUCUCCUGUCGGGCCAGCCCUGUGGAGCCACUCCAUCCCUCUUCCCCCUCCCUGGAUUUCCUGACAUAGAUGCUGUGUUCAUGUGCACAUGUGAGUGUGCUGUCAUUCUGAUACCUUCAUCCCGCUUUCCUACUGAGAAGAGGGUGGUGGCCUCCUCUUCUCACCUCAGCUUUUCUGACACAGCGAAUCGAGGGCUAUGGCCAAAGCCGGGUCUCAGACUUGUCCGCCAAGUAAACCAUGAUGUGUGUCUCCCCUUCCACCUUGACUUUGCCCCAAUUCCUCCCUUACCCUAACAUGGAUACUCAGAUUUCAGAGAAAUGCCCGGUGGGGACAGGUCAGCUCUCACCCAGAGAGGGAGGCCCUGGCUGCUGCUCCGGGUGGUGCUGGUGUUGCUGGGGCUUCAGCUCUUGGUGCGUGUUUCAGAUACGUGUGCACACUUCUGAGCAGCAGCAGCAGCCUCAGUGGUCAGUGCCCAGCCCGCAGCCCUGAGGAGCUGCCGCCUGCUUUGGGACGAUGGUAAGUUUCCGUGUUGUCCUUGCUGCCUCCCUCUCUGGAGUGGCCACUUGACCAAAGCUCCCAUCUGCAUCUGGAAAGUCUGAGCCUCGGCCUGCUACACCUUUUCCGCUCUGGGAUCUUGUGUUACUUUUUUAGGCUGUGGUUUGGUGAAAGGAACCAACACAUUAACGAUUCCCCCCCCCCCCCCCCCGAGAAGCCACUGAAUAAUUCUUUUGGCAUAUUUUUGCCUUCCUGUUGGCUGUCUGGCCUUGGAGCAGGUGGGGAGAGUGGAGUGCAUAAUCAGUGCCACACAGAGGCAGGGUGUGUCUGAGAGACCCAUUCCUGGUCUGCCUCUGGCCUGUGUCCUGGGCGUGUGCCGCACCUGCCAGACCAGUCCCACACAUUUCCACCCCGCCCCUGGAGCAGCAGCUUUGAUACCAUGGGUGUCCCUUGAGUCUGAGAUACAGUGUGAGAGUGUGUCCCCUAUAGACUGUGAGAUCUCCCUGUUCUUGGUGACCCCAGUUGGGCUUUGGCCCCUCCAGCAACCUGUGUCCCAGCCCUGCCCUUCUUCCCAUCCCCUCAAUCUGCUAGUCCCUGAAGCCUUUAACCAAACAGGAGUGGGUUCAGAAAGCCUUCUCCUGGCAACUUAGGGCAACAGGACAAGGGCUGCCCGCGUGUCCAGCCCUGUUGCUCUCCUGGCGCUGAGAGGUGGGUCCGAGCAGAGUUGGUCAGUCCCUGCCUGCCCUGCCUAGGUCUAGCCAGGGUAGGCUGUGUGUGGGAGACGACCUCGGGAUCUGCUGGGGUGGAAUGGAGGUUAUUAAAGAUCCAAGUGAGGAGGGGCUGGGGUUUGGAUGCGGGGUGAGGCCCGAGAGCUCACACUUCGUGUAGGGCGGGCGGGGGCCUGACCUCCCGCAGGGCAGUGGCCUUAGUGCCCACCCCUGCCCUGCGCAGUAUUUAUUGCUAAAUUAUUGUCCAGGAGGGGCAGCACUGGGCCUGGCCCCCCGGGUAUUUAUUGCUGUACAUAGUGUAUGUUUGUGAUAUAUAAGGUUUUCUUUAUUUUGUAUAUGAUCAAUAAACCUUUUAAAGAGA